AUGGAGAACUCUACGAACUACACUUUAUUGCUACAAAGUUCUUAUUUUGAUCUUGCUUUAGGUUGUACAAUUCUGAUUGGUAUAGCAGCUCUUGUGGGAAUAGCUGGGAAUUUAAUGAUUAUAUUCUUUUAUUUCUUUCGGAUCAAAGACCGAGGAGAACGUUACUACAUUCCGAUUCUGGCAGUUAUUGACUUUCUGGCAAGCAUCACCAGCUCCUUAUACAACAUCAUGGACAACUCUUAUUUUUAUAACUACCCCAAUGACGUCAUCUGUCGACUACUGAGCGCCCUACAGGUGUGUGUACCGGGAAUAUCUGCUCAUGUACUAUUGUUGAUAUCAAUACAAAGAUACCUUCUAGUGUGUAAACCAUUUGGACCAAAAAUGACGUUAUAUUGGAAAAGAGUUGCACUGGGACUAGUUUGUGGAAUUACAGUAGUCUAUUCAGUUCCAAUUUUGGGAACAGCUGGAGUGAAAACUUCCCAAGAAGUGUACCUAAAUCACAAUGUUACUGUCAAGAUAUGCAAAUUUUCGGCUGAUUCAUCGUCAUACAUAACGAUUUAUUUUGGAAUUUUGUCCCUUAUCAUAAUAGGUAACAUUGUAGCAACGGGAGCCUUUUAUAUUCCUGUUCUUAAACAAGUAAGAAUAGCAUUUCGUUCUUUUCGUAGAAAGGUAGCUAACAAAUAUAAAGAAGACACCGUUCCCACAGAACUAGAGGCUGUUUCGGAUUCAAACGCCGAGCAAAUUGAAAUGAAAACAAUCUCGGUCUCUAAUGCUUCAACUCCAGCGACAAAUGAACUCCCAGUUUCAAAUUUAUCUCCAGGUAAAAAUGCAGAACCCGGAAGUAUUACAGAGACAGACGAUACAGAGGAUGUUGGUACUAAUAAUCCAAACAUUUCAAAGAAUGAGAAUACAGAUGACAAACCGAAAGAAAUGAAAGAAACCAAGUCAAAGCGUAAAUCAGUUCAAAGGAGGUUAACUAUGAUGUUCUUUGUGCUUAUCUUGGCAUACAUUAUCUCUUACAUUCCUCCCCUCGUGUUUUUGGUACUAACAUACGCCAUCGAAAAUUUUAAUUUUUUAACCUUAACAAAGACAGAGUCUGUGCUGUGGAUAUACCUUCCUCGUCUGGUGUUUUUGAACCAUGUGAUCAAUCCAUUCAUAUAUGGAUAUUAUGAUACAAAAUUAAGAGAUCAACUGACAACGUGUUUUAAAAGGAAAAGACACAUCAUCAACUGA